GAAGGAGGGGGCCGGGCCCUGGCGGCAGGAGCCGGAGGCGGAGCCCGAGUGUCCUUAUCGCUGGCGCGACCGCCGCCGGGCAGCGGGGAGCGCGGCGCGGAUCGCGGGCCCGCUGGCCUGGGAGCGGGCGGCAGGAUGCUGCUGUUCGUGGAGCAGGUAACAUCCAAGAGUGCUGGCUUGAACCCCAAUGCAAAGGUCUGGCAAGAAGUACCCCAGGGGAGCAGUGAGGCACCAACAAAUGGAGCAGAGCACUCGUGGCAAGACACAGCAGCUGCACAAGGGACUCCCACUGAGGGUGGCACAGAGGCCUCAGAGGAGAGCUGCAAGCAGUAUGAAGUGAUGUAUCCCCCAGCUUGUGAGGCCACCAGGAAUGGCACAGGAGUGGAUGAAGCUUCUGCCAAUGGAAUUGUCCUGGCCACUGAGGAGCUUGGGUACCAAAUCUAUGAAGUGUCUGGUGAAGGCAGCUCCACAGUGUCCACAGAGGACAUCAGGGAAUGUCUGAAGAAGCAACUUGAGUUCUGCUUCUCCCGUGAGAAUCUCUCAAAGGAUCUCUACCUGAUGUCUCAGAUGGACAGUGAUCAGUUUGUCCCAAUAUGGACAAUUGCCAACAUGGAAGGCAUCAAGAAGCUGACAACUGACAUGGAUCUGAUCCUGGAAGUGCUGAGAUCUUCCCCUAUGGUCCAGGUGGAUGAGAGAGGGGAGAAAGUGAGACCAAACCACAAGAGAUGCAUCAUCAUCCUCCGUGAGAUCCCCGAAACCACUCCCAUAGAGGAGGUGAAGGCUCUGUUUAAGAAUGAGAACUGCCCCAAGGUGAUCAGCUGUGAGUUUGCUCACAACAACAACUGGUACGUUACAUUCCAGUCAGACACGGAUGCGCAGCAGGCAUUUAAGUACUUAAGGGAGGAAGUGAAAACUUUUCAGGGCAAGCCAGUAAUGGCCAGGAUAAAAGCCAUCAACACCUUUUUUGCUAAGAAUGGGUACAGGGUGGUGGACUCCAGUGUGUACCCCCAGCCAGUCCAGACACAAGCACAGUUUGCCUCCCCACUCUUCAUGCAGCCUGUAUAUAGCCCUCAGCAGUACUCCAUUUACAGCAUUGUGCCUCAGACCUGGUCUCCAAACCCUGCACCUUACUUUGAAACACCACUGGCUCCCUUCCCCAACGGUGGCUUUGUGAAUGGCUUCAGCACCCCAGGCUCCUACAAAGCCAACGCCGCGGCGCUCAGCAUCGGGCGUCCCUUCCACCGCACUCGGGUGAAGCCUCACUUCCGAUCCUCCAGCAGCUCAGAGCACGCUGGGGAGGGUCCAGCCCCUGCCAGCACCAUGCCAGUGGGGGAAGGACCACCCAGCAGAACCAGCUCCAGGAGUUUUGUGAUGGAGAGACACAGCAGCACGUUACCUGGGCACCAAGACCAAGGCUAUUCCCAGAAGGAUUCUCCUGCCACCCAGAUGGAGCAGAAUGGAGAUUAUGGCCUUGGCAGGGGCAGGAGGAAUGUGUUCCGAGGCCGGCGGAGAAGGGAGGAGGAGCGAGUCCCAAGACCUCAGCCUUCAGCAGAAACAAAGACUCAGACACCAAAGUUUGACUUGCUAGCAUCAAAUUUCCCACCUUUGCCUGGCAGCACAGCAAAGAUACCAGGGGAGCCUGUGCUGGAGAGCAGGAUGUCUGACAUUGUGAAAGGAGUCUGCAAAGAGAAGCUUUCCCUUUCUGUGCAGGAAAGCAAAGAUGUGGUGCCCAGCUGCCCAGCUCCUGCUCAGGAAGAACAGAUGCACAGCCCUGCCCCACAGCCUGUGCCCAGUGCCAGCUCACCAAGCCAGCCUGAGGCUGUGGUGUUAAGCACGGUUCAGCCAGACAGCAAGCCAGAGGAAGUGGCUGCCCUGAAGGAUGUCCCCAGCCAUGCUUCCCCUCCAGUGUCUGUCUCUCCUGUCAGCACUGCAAAGCCACCAAGGACAAAUCUCCCUUCACCUUCAGGCAGUGCAAGCACAGCUCCUGCUGUGGUGGUGCAGGAGCCUCGCAAGCUGAGCUACGCCGAGGUGUGCCAGAAGCCCCCGAAGGAGCCUCCUCCGGCUCCUGUCCAGCCUCUGAGGGAGCACCGAGCCAACAUCGUCCCCCCUGCCAGAGCGGAGGAGAACGGCAGCCCCGAGAAGGCUCCAGAGAAGGCUGCUGAGAAGGUGGAGGGCCGGGGGAAGGAUUACUCUGGCUUCAGAGGGCCUCCCCGGGGAGCCGCCGGGAAAAUCAGGGAACAGAGGCUGCGGCAGUUCAGCCGCAGGGCAUCGCCUCAGGGAGCGCCGCGACGCCUGGGCAAGGAGCAGUUCGUGCCCCCACGGUCACCAAAGUAACACUUGGGGGGG